AUGGGAUUUUACAAGUAUCCAACGGAGUUAUGGAGGAAGAAGCAAUCUGAUGUGAUGAGGUUUGUCCAGAGGGUGCGCUGUUGGGAAUAUCGCCAGCAUCCUUCAAUUGUCCGAGUCACAAGACCCACACGCCCUGACAAGGCUCGUCUUUUGGGUUACAAGGCCAAGCAGGGUUACGUUGUUUAUCGUGUCCGUGUAAAGCGUGGCGGUCGCAAGAGGCCUGUUUCCAAGGGUAUUGUAUAUGGGAAGCCCACAAACCAAGGUGUGACACAGCUGAAGUUUCAACGCAGCUUAAGGUCUGUUGCCGAGGAGCGCGCUGGCCGCAAAUUGGCAGGCCUUAGGGUUCUGAAUUCAUACUGGAUCAAUGAGGAUUCGACCUACAAGUACUUUGAGGUAAUCCUGGUUGAUGUUGCUCAUAAUGCUAUCCGAAAUGACCCAAGAAUCAACUGGCUCUGCAAUCCUGUUCACAAGCACAGGGAGCUUCGUGGACUGACUUCGGCCGGAAAGAAGUGCAGGGGAUUGCGUGGAAAGGGACACCUAUACCACAAGGCACGACCAUCUCGCAGAGCAACUUGGAAGAGAAACACCACCCUCUCCCUUCGUCGGUACCGUUGAGUUCAGUCAUGUUACGUUACGCAUUACGCUGGCUUAAGAUGUCAUGAGUUUGGUAGCGGAUAGGUUCUUGAUAGUCUCUUGUCUUGGUGUUAUGUGUGGGUUUUUUGAGGAAGUUGUUUCUGGGUACUUUGAGGAUGACAAUGUUUGUCAUGAAUUUGGUAAUUGAAAUCUUGAAUGGUUUACCUUCUAAGAUG